CGAGAGAGAGAGAGAGAGAGAGAGAGAGAGAGAGAGAGAGGAAGGGAAGAAGAAUGAGUGUGGAGUUGUGUCCCAUAUGUGGGGAAAAAAGCAAAGCAGUGCAGUGCUCUGGUGUGCUCUGGUCUGGGGAUUAACAUCGGGCUUUCCCAUCUGAUGGAGGACAUGCAGGCAUGAAUAGGGCUUUUGUGUUGUUGGUGCAAGAGCAUGUGCAAGAGUCAGUGAUGGACUACAGCCCAACGGACAUUAACCGUCGCUGGCAUUCCCAAAACAGCAUUCCUUUUUACUAAGACAAGCUCCACAGAAUGCUGAGUCCUAUUGUCCCCUAUAGCUUAUUAAAGAUGCACUGGAACCCAGAGCAUGCCCAGCCCCUCAGCCAGUGGCCUGAGCAGCACCUGGACGUCUCCUCCACAACCUCCUCUCCAGCACACAAGUCAGAAUUCUACUCCGGCCGCAGCCACAACUCCUACAACUACUCUUGGGCCAACGAUGACAUCUCUGCCCUCACAGCUUCCAAUCUGCUGAAGCGCUAUGCAGAAAAGUACUCCGGUGGGCUGGACUCACCGUAUGACCGCCCCCCUGCCGUGGCCUCCUACCCAGAGCCAGGAGCCUUUGGGGGCCUCAACGGCCAGAAGACUGACCUGGAGCCCUGGCCGCUGACACACAGCACCGAUGCCUCUUACUCCCUUGUCCCCCCUGGCGUCCACGAUAGCCUCUCCGCUUCGAAGGCUGUAUCCACCACGGCAGGCCCUCCAGCGAUGAGCAGCGUGUCGGUGGUAAACAGUAACCUCUCAGACUCUGGCUAUAGUGGUGGCAGCUCGUGUAGUGGCUCCAGCGACUAUCCCUCCAGCUACAACGGCACCUAUCUGGCCUCAGGAUACUGUCCUCAACCCGUUGCAGCACUUCCUCCUGCCUCCCUCCACACUAUUCAAUCCACCCCCACCCUGGUACCCAGCUAUAGCCCCACCACACCUGUCUAUAGCUACCCCCCCAGCACGUACCCUCCUCAGUCCAGCCUUGCCCCCAAUUACAGCCACCCUUCUGCAACAUACUUGACUUCAGGUCUGCCCGCACCAACUCCUGUUCCCCCAAGGCAAGCAGUGGUGGGGGGUAGCUAUAGUUACCAGAGCAACAACAAUGGCACAACCGAGUCUGGUGGGACAUUAAAAAGAAAAGCUUUUGAGCUGAGUGUAGAAGAGGGUGAAGGCGGGGAUAGUGCACGUUACAGGAAAUACAACUAUGAGCCACUGAAGGUGAGAGGGAACUCCCCAUAUCCUGUGAACGACAAAGCAGAGUGCAGAGGAAACGGCUUCAGCAGCACAGAUCCAACCAAUUUUAAGCCCAGUAAUCCCUCCUCUCAGCCCCUGGUUUCUCCUUCGUACGGGCCAGCCGGGGAGUACAGCCCUCCAGCUGGCAUGACGGGCGACAGCGGAGUGACGGAGAAAGCCUUCGUCCAACAGCAGCACCGCUCUCAGGCCCACAAACGUUCUUCACUGUGUGGUCCAACUGUUGAGACUCUGAAGAGUCCAGAGCCCGGUGUGUUGGACCUUAUGAAUGUGGAGAUUUUGGACUGCAGCCCGGCCCUCAGCUGGGGUGAGUUGGCUGGGCUCACCCACAUCAAAGCUGCCCUGGAAGAGGACCUACUGUGGCCUGUGUUGAGGCAGAGUCCGGUGAUCCACCCACCAAGAACCAUUCUGUUGUUUGGCCCCCGGGGAGGGGGUAAGACCACGUUGACCCGUUCUUUGGCUUCACAAAUUGGAGCAUCCCUCUACAAGCUGAGCGGAGCCAUGCUGGCCUCUAAAGGGAAGGCGGAAGCAGAACACAUGCUGGGAUCUGUGUUUCAGGAGGCGGGGUCACGGCAGCCCUCUGUGGUGCUCAUCAGCCAACUGGAAGCCCUGGAGGACGAGGAAGGGCUGAAACAGACGCUGCACACCUUCUUGGAGAAAGCCCAGGUGGCCACUGGUUUGGUGAUUGUCAUAUGUUGCACCGGCAGGCCGGAUCUGCUGCCGGACGCGGUCCAUCGCAGCUUCGCCAAGCGCUACCAUGUUGGCCUGCCCGAUGCAGCCACGCGCACGCAAGUGCUGCUGCAGGCGCUCUCGCCUCAGGGUUCCAGUCUGAGCGAGAGGGAGCUGAGCGCUGUGCUGCAGCGCACCGAAGGCUACUCCGUGUGGGAACUACUGCACCUCAGCCAGCAGGCGCUCUCCUCGGCAUCAGCCCCCACCGGGGCCAUGCACGGCAUCCCUGCCGCUUCCAAACCCCCAGCCUUCACAGACUUUGAGAAUGCCUUCUGCAAAAUGCGCCCACACAGCAGCACAAAAGAACUGGACACUUGCGUGGAGUGGAGCAAGAUGUACAGCCACUAAGCAGCCAGGCACACACUCAACGCUCAUGUCACCCGUCUUCGCUUUGAUAAGCAAGCCUUUCUUUUCUUAUUACAAAUCAUGCAGUCAAGACGUGAGAGCUGAAAAAUUCACUUUAGCAUGACAAGUGUGCUGUUGUUGGGCUCCAAAUAUCCACAAUGUUUAGUUUUUCCCAAAGAAAGAAAUGUGAACAACCGCAACCUUAAUGAGUGAUGCGAUGGGUACGCCGUUUGGCUAAUGGGAGAAUCAGAUAGCUACUUGGAUCCUCUCCUGUUUAGCCUCCAUCCAGGACGAAAUCACUCGUUUGUCGCUAGAUGACGUGGUCCAAAAUAAUGGAUAAUCAGGGUUUGGAAAGUCCUGCAUUCUUCUGCUACUCUCGGGAUCUUAUUUAUUGCCAGUCCAUCCAUGCACGUUACUGCUAACGUUCCAUCUUUACUUUGGGAUCAGCAACCUUUGGGCAAACCACUUUUCUUUGACCAAAAACGUGACAAACCAAAUUAGCUGUUGUGCUGUUCUACUGCUCUAAUCAGACGGGAGCUCCAAGUCACGAUGCUACAGUAGCUGCUCGCCAAAAACGAAACACUACUCCAUGCUACUCUGAAGGUUCUGGAGUCAAGCUUUUCAUGCCCGUGGACAUACGAUGCUUGGUUGGAACACGUCGUCUCUUCGGUGAUGCACACUUCUUACAAUAUUGGCUUUAUUCCUAUUGGCAUCCACGUACCGUACAAUAAAUGGUGCUCACGUUCCUCAAUGACUGCAGAAAAUCCCAACGUGAGCCCGCCUGCACACCAAACACACACUUCCUUUUUGUUUUGUAGUAUGUUAGUCUCGUUUGAAAUGCUCAGGAAUUUAUUUACCUCAGAAUUAAGAAAUAAAGAAUGUAUUGGGGUCUUAGUGGAGGUAAAGCCAACAGUAUGAUAUAUAUGGUGAUAUAUUAUUAUGAUAUAUGAUGAUAUAUCAUAUACUGGACAUGCUAUGCAGCUGGGCUUUCACCUCGGGACAGAAACUUGAAUAAUGGUACAAGAAACAUUGAAUGUAAUUCAGGUAUUUCAAAGAAUAUUUGAUGCCAUAAAUCCAUGUAUUAUUAUAUAUGAAUAUGUCUUUGUUUUUUAUGUUCUUUUACCUUGAUUUUGUUGUAGUUUCUGGUGUAAUGAUGAUUGUCUUCAAGAAAUGCUAUGUAGAAUAUGGAACAUCCCUUUUGCUGGACAAGCUGCUAGUUUUGUGUGAUGAAGCGUUUACAUAUCCUGGGCUGGGCGUUGUUCGAUGCUGCUGACGGUAUAGAUAAAACACAAUCAUAUUCUUCUGGUGGAAAAUCAAAAUGCAAGCAUGACUAUGGAGACAAUUGCAGAGGAACAAUUUCUGGUGUGCGUGGUUUAGACAAAUCCACAAUGUAAGAUCUAGUCAACAGACAGACAUCAAAAGGACCGGCGGCGGAAUCAAAUACAAAAUACAUAAUCAAUUGAAUUUCUGACAAUUGUAUCCUUCCACCUUAAUGGGAACAGUUUUAGUUAGGUCUCUUUCUGUCUCCCGGUGGACAAAGUACGAUCUAUAAAGGUACUAAAUGAAUGUUCAGGUGAGUUUAGUGUGGAAGAACCUGCAUAGCGGGUAGCGGGGGCAUGGUGCUUUAGUGGUUAACGUGUGGACCUCACAGUCAGCUGAUGGAGGUUUUCAAUCUCAGUUGGAGCAUCUCAUCUUGUGGAGUUUGUAUGCUGUCCCCAUGCAUUUGUGGGCUUUCUCUGGUACAUUGGAUUCCUCCCACACCCCCAACACAUGCAGUUAGGGUCCUUGUCGACUCUCAAUUAGCUGGGAGUGGGACUGGCAAUGGUUGUCUGACCAAAUGUGUCAUGGUGUCCAUGGUGUCCACGGUCUCCACUGUGUCUAUGGUGUCCACGGUGUCCACGGUUUCCAAAUGUGUCCAUGGUCUCCACGGUGUCUAUGGUGUCCACGGUCUCCAUGGUGUCCACGGUCUCCAUGGUGUCCACGGUCUCCAAGGUGUCCACGGUGUCCAAAUGUGUCCAUGGUGUCCACGGUGUCCAUGGUGUCCACGGUGUCCAUGGUGUCUAGUCUAUGGGGUCCAUGGUGUUCACAGCUUGUAGUCACUUUGGGUAGGCUCCAACUCCCCUAAUGGACAAGCAGUAAUACCCCUUUGGGAUGAAAGACAUGUGAGCACAAAUUGUUAGCCACUACCUCACAGGAAAACAAAUGCCACCUCCUGGAAUCUGAAUAGUAUAUAUAGUUAUAUAUUAUAUAUAUAUUUGUAUCCAUAUAGCAUAUUACACCACCACGGUCCUGAUGAUGUCAUAGUCCCCCCACUCCCUUCUCAAUCUCAUUACAUCGGAUAGUCCCUCGCCUCACAGACCAGUGGCCAUGUUGGCAUGUUGUGUUGGAUCUUGGCAUCCCCCAGCCCCUCCCUUCCUUGGAGUUAUUCCCCAGGAUUGGAAGUGGUCUGAUUGAUGCCCAGCACAUUGCAGCCUUCCCAGUCGUGCCCCAGCUUCUGAUCAAUCACAGCAUCUGAUCAACCCCAAAGCCCCCCCCCCCCCAAGCGCAUUUACAAACCAGCUCAGCCUACAUCCGGUUAGCAUCCAUCAUGACUUGUUCGUAACAAGAGUAGUUUGUCCAGCAAUUUAUUUAUUUGUAUUUUUUUUUACACUUUGUUUGCCUCUGUAACGUUGUUCCUGGUUAUUGUACAAUUUCUGUAACAAUUUCUACCUCAUUUUGUUGUGGCAUAUUGUACAUGAAAGUAGUCAUGGUCUACCUCAGAAAAGACUGUAUUUUAAGAGAAG